UUUGUCUGUUUCUCUAUCCACACGUAUAUGAGUGUGUUAAGGUGACAUGAGAAAAAACUUCCCCAAACAUAAAAAAGAAAAGCUGCUGAUCUGGGGAAUUAUUGUAUUGUUUACUGUAGAAUUACUGGAAUAUUUCUCAACACAUCAUAUCUUUUUACUUCUAGUACACUGCAGUUACUGUGUGUAUUUUAAAUGUGUGUAUCUGUUGGACAGCUGUAUUCUCCAGUGAUCAUGGACAAACCAGUGUGCUUGAUUGACACGGAGUCAGAUGGGAAGCUGUGUGUGCAGCAGUCAGCUCUACAGAUCCUGCAGCAGAUCCAGCAGCCAGUGGUGGUGGUGGCCGUGGUGGGUCUCUACCGCACCGGGAAGUCCUACCUGAUGAAUCGCCUCGCAGGACAACAAAAAGGGUUUGCAUUGGGCAGCACUGUUGAGUCCAAGACGAAGGGCAUCUGGAUGUGGUGUGUGGAUCACCCCAAUAAAGCAGGAACCACUCUGGUGCUGCUGGACACUGAGGGACUCGGAGACGUGGACAAGGGAGACCCAAAGCAUGACACCAACAUCUUCUGUCUGGCUGUGUUACUGAGCAGCACUCUGGUCUACAACAGUCGAGGCACGAUUGACAACAAGGCUGUAGAGGAACUGCAAUAUGUUACUGAACUAACAGAAUGCAUCAAGGUCAAAUCAGAUGAAGCCGACGAUUCAAGCGAGUUUGUGAAAUUCUUCCCUAGUUUCAUCCGGACUGUGAGGGACUUCACUCUUGAGCGAAAGAUCGAUGGCAAAGAUGCAACAGAGAAUGAGUACCUAGAGUUUGCUCUGAAGCUGAAGCAUGGCACAUCAAAAAAAGUGAUGGAGUACAACUUUCCCAGGGAGUGCAUCAAAAAAUUCUUCCCUUCCAGAACGUGCUUCACUUUCCCAUUUCCAGCCGCCCCAGAGAAAUUGUCUCAUUUGGAGAGUUUGGAUCCUUCUGAACUUUCCUCUGACUUCCUGGAGGUCACAAAUCGUUUCUGCACAUUUGUCUUUAACGAGAGCCAUGUGAAGAAGCUGAAAGAUGGAAUCACAGUCACUGGCAGAGUUCUGGGUAACUUGGCAAAAACAUACGUGGACACCAUCGCCAGUGGGGCUGUGCCGUGUCUGGAGAAUGCUGUGAUUGCUAUGGCAAUGAUUGAGAAUGAGUCUGCAGUGAAGGAGGGGCUUGAGGUUUACCAGAGUGGAAUGGAGAAGCUGAAGGACUCCUUCCCUCUGGAACUGAAGGAUGUGUCCUCAGAACACCAACGUCUCAGCAACAUGGCGACACAAACCUUCAUGAAGCGUUCCUUCAGGGACACUGAUGGGAAGUACCUGAAAUCUCUAGAGGAAAACAUUAAUAAACUCUUUGAUGGAUACCUGCGCCAAAACGAGCAAGCUUCAAAGAGACGAUGUGAAGAACUCUUGUCAUCCCUCUCUGCAAGAAUGACGGAAAAUCUCAAGCAGGGUUUCUAUACCAAACCUGGUGGCUAUGAUCUCUUCUGCAAUGAUCUGGUGGACAUUGAGAAGAAUUAUAAAAUCCAGGCCAAUAAAGAAGUCAAGGCUGAAGAGGUCCUAAAGGAGUUUCUGAAGCAGAAGUCUGUGGAUUCACAAGCUAUUCUGCAGGCUGACCAAAAACUGACUGAGAAGGAAAAAGAGAUUAAGCAGGAAAUUGAGAAAGCAGCCCUCCUGCAGCAGGAAAUCAAAGCUAGAGAGGAGAAGCUGCAACAACUUGAAGAGGUGAUGAAAGCAGAGAAACAGAGUAAUGAAGAGAGGAUGAGACAGAUGGAGUUGAAGAUGAAAGAGGAGCUGAGGCUCCAGAGAGAGGAGGCUGAUCGUGCCAUGAAGAGUAAACUGAAAGAGCAGGCUGAUCUGUUGGAGAAGGGCUUUAAGGAGAAAGCAGAGUUGAUGAAACAGGAGAUGGAAGAGUUCAAGAAACAGAAUGCUGAAGCUGAGUGUAAUAGAGCUAGAGAGUUUGCAGAGAUGUUAGAGAACUCAAACAGGAGACAUGAGCAGACUAUGGCUAUGAUGCAGCAGCAACACAGAGAACAGAUGAAAGCCAUUCAGGAGAGGAAUGCACAAUGUAAAGGUGGAUGUUGUAUCUUGUGAAAUGCUUUAAUUCUGUGAUCAUCAAACUCAUCAGAAGAUUGCAUUGCACUAAUGCAAUCACAGUAUAUAAUAUAGAGGUAUAAUCUUGCAAUAAAACAAUACAAUUGAUCUCAUUCUAUCUUCACAUGAACAGUAAUAUAUGAUAUUAUGGAUUAGGAAAUUUAAAUUCACAAAUGUUUUGCGUAUCCAGCGUAAAUGAUAUAUCCAAAUCACAUGUUUAUAUGACAUUUGUAAUUAAUUAUAAACAGUGACAAAUAAGGUUUUUCAGUGACUGAAUUUCUCUGGCAUUCCAUGUAAUCAUCAAAUAAACAGAUGGUAUUUGUAAAAACAAAACGUGUGUGUGUGUGUGUGUGUGUGUGUGUGUGGCAGCGGGGUGGUUAAUUAUUUGAGUCCUAACUAUCAAUAUGUGUGUAUGUAGCGGUUGUUCCUCUGCGUUGUGUUGAUUUUUGAUGUUA